AUGUUCACCCAUCUCAAGUUCCACGAGAGCGAUAGACCCCUAAAGUCUAGACAUCAGCUCGGACUCCUACCACACUGCCUCAAAGACGACUUCACAUUUAGUGGACAAAGGUAUGAACAAAUUAAACGCACUCCCUUGGGCUCCUCCCCAUCAGGCCUGGUUGCUGAAGUGCUAUGCCAACGGAUAGAACACUUGGUCUUCUCCAAGUUUCAACCAAUGUUUUGGGCUUGGCAUUUCGAUGAGACUUUCGUCAUUAUUAAAACGUCUGGCAUCAAGCACCUCAAAGAGUUAUUGAAGUUGGUAGUUGCAAAUAUUCACUUCAUAAUGGAGGCUGAAUAA